AUAAUUGCUUUGAUUUUCUUUUGUUUUAUUCCUUCAUACUCGGGAAAUUUCUCAGAAAUGGCCCUCGUUCCUUACGAUCCAUCGACGGCCAUUUUGAGCCCAUUCUACGCUAAGGAAAGAACCUUCGAAUUUGCUGGAAGGACUCUUACUGUCUUCCAAAACUGGAACGAUGUUGGUGUUGCCGCAGUUAUUUGGGAUGCGGCAAUCGUUCUUGGUCGAUAUCUUGAGAAGACAGCGGCGCGACUGCGGGGAAAGAAAGUGAUCGAAUUAGGAGCUGGGACAGGUUUUGCGGGGAUAGUGGCUAGCUUACUCGGUGGCGAUGUUACCAUAACGGACCGCAAAAUGGCUCUGAAUACUACAAGGAUGAAUGUAGAGGGAAAUCUAGGGAAAAAUCAGAAUAGAGUUACCCUAAAGGAGCUUGAAUGGGGACAAAACGUUUCAUCUUUUUCGCCACCUUUUGAUUUUGUUCUUGGAGCAGACAUCGUUUACAUCGAGGAUACUUUCAAUGAUUUGCUGAAAACAUUGCAAGACUUAUGCGAUGCAACCUCGGUAGUUCUAUUGUCAUGCAAAAUACGAUACGAUAGAGACAAACGUUUCUUUGAGCUUCUCUCUCAGAGUUUUAGUCAUCAAACUAUUCUGUAUGAUCAAGAGUUAGAUAUCACUAUUUUCGAAGCAAGAAAAAUUUCUUAA